AUGUCGAGCGAGCGAGAAAAACCGCACUCUCCAGUUCCUGAGACCAGUAACGGUCAGAACCGAAGUGAAACGCCUCCUCUGGCGGAUCCGGUGAUAAAUGAAACCGAAGAAAGGACGGGGACUCCUCUCGACGAGCAACUUGAAACUGAACAACCUAGGACCUCCGAACCGGGCAUCACAGAAGAAAGGGUCAAGAUCCUUAUCCAAGAGUUUGCAGACUCAACGGUUCACCCAUUGGAGACGAAAGUCAAGAAAGCCUUGCGCCGAACACUCAUGCUCGCCGAAAACACAAGGGACAAUCUAGUAAAGGCAGAGGACCGGAUCACAAAAGUCGAAGUCGACUACCGGGAUGACACCAUUUUGCGCAACGAACAUCUUCAACAAACCAAGGCCUUGGAAGAUAAGACCUCAGGGAUAAAGGAAGACUUGGAUCGACUUGAACGGGAAACCGAACAAGGAUUCACAGAGGUAGAAGAGGACCUAGGAUGGAGGGUCACCGAUCUAGAAAACAAGAAUGCAAGCCUGGAAGACCGCAACGACAAGCUUGAAGCCGAUCUUAAGGCGCUAACCGAACAGGUCAAUGAGCUGAUAAAAGCCAAGGUCAAUGCUGACAUAGCAGUUGAGGAGGCAAACGCCCGAGCGGCUAAGGAAGUCCAGGAUGCGCUGGACGAAGAAGCAAGAAUAGCAAAGGAGCCACCGCGACUUUCUGAGGAAGAAAUAACCGCGCGCGAACAACACCUAGCGGCUAAUAACCCGGCACUUGCAAGGUCCAUAGCCGCUCAAGCUGUGGAAGAUGCAGGGCGGUUAAAUAAUGAAAGACAAAGACUUGAGGAAUUUACGACCACUCACAAGAAGAAAAAGGCAGCUUCCUCCUCUUCGGUUCCAGCAAAACGAAAACGGAAAACAUCAAAGAAGGCUCAGGUAGUCGGACUGCUGGAAAGAAUUACCGAAACGGUUAUUGACACCGAACCGAAUCCAGACCCACCGCAAUCCGAGGAUGAAGAAGAAGAGCAUCUGGCAAGGCGCUCUACAAGACAGCGAAUUCUACAAGAGGUUCCAAUCAGCACGGUUGGUCAACCGCAAGCUGAAGGUUCAUCCUCAAGACCGGAUCAACCGAAAAAGAAAAUACCGACCAAGGAUAUGAUGGACGGCUUCAGAUUCUCCGACUCAGAAUAG